AACCUGUCCACUGGCCUUCUCCAGGCAGUUCCUUCUAGACCUGGGGACCUGUGCCCGAGGACCUUAGACUGAUGGGUGCCCAGCUCUGCUUUGAGGCCAACGCCAAGGCGCCCCGAGAGGCACUUCGCUUCCAUGCCGAGGCCAAGGGCUCACAGGUGCGUCUGGACACGCGUGGCUGCAUCGCGCACAGGCGCGCCACGUUCCACGACGGCAUCGUGUUCAGCCAGCGGCCGGUGCGCCUGGGCGAGCGCGUGGCGCUGCGAGUGCUGCGGCAGGAGAGCGGCUGGUGCGGCGGCCUCCGCGUGGGCUUCACGCGCCUGGACCCCGCGUGCGUGUCCGUGCCCUGCCUGCCGCCCUUCGUGUGCCCCGACCUGGAGGAGCAGAGCCCAACGUGGGCGGCUGUGCUGCCUGAGGGCUGCGCGCUCACGGGGGACGUGGUCCGCUUCUGGGUGGACCGCCGUGGCCGCCUCUUUGCCAAGGUCAACGCCGGCUGCCGGCUUCUGCUGCGUGAGGGCGUGCCCGUCGGCGCCCGGCUCUGGGCUGUGAUGGACGUGUACGGGACCACUAAGGCCAUCGAGCUGCUGGAUCCCACAGCCAGCCGGCUCCCAACAGCCAUGCCAUGGGACCUCAGCGACAAGGCUGUGCCUGAGCCCAAAGCCACACCGGGAGAGGAGUGUGCCAUCUGCUUCUAUCACGCUGCCAACACCCGCCUUGUGCCCUGCGGCCACACAUACUUCUGCAGAUACUGUGCCUGGCGGGUCUUCAGCGAUACGGCCAAGUGCCCUGUGUGCCGCUGGCAGAUAGAGGCGGUAGCCCCUGUGCAGGGCCCUCCUGCUCUGAGGGUUGAGGAAGGCUCAUGAGAGGAGGCUUCCCAGUAUGAGUGGCAGCCCGGGCCUAGAUCUGAGUCUGGCCUCUGCAGAGGAAGGAGGUGCAGCCCUGCCUUCUUUCUGGGGAAGAGUCAGAAGGGCUGAUUAGCAAGAGGUGCGGCAGAGAGAGGAAGGCAGGGAGGUGCUGUCUGCUGCCUCCACCUGUUCCCUGACAGGAUAGCAAGGAAAAAUCCCUCUUUCUGUCCAUGCCAGAACUAUCCUCCUGAUGGGGUGCUUUGUUUAGAGAUGGGGUGGCCCAAUCCCCAAUCAGUUUUACAGCUGAGGGAGUUCAGGUAUCUGUUGUGUCUGGUGAAGCCCUGUACCUCCUGGGUAUUGAAGAACCUGGACUCGAAGCAGGAGGUAUCUGCAUGGAAUGUGUAAAGUUCCACAUGGAAGCUGGGUUGCCUCCCACAAGUCCCCAGUAGAGUGGAUCUGUAGUUACCCGCCCUGCCUCCCUUUCAGGGUGGUCACGAGGUCCCAGCGAGACCAUGCAUCUGAAGAUGAUUUAAAACAUGAAAGUGUAUUGUUGUUACUGUGGUAAUUUCCUUGCCAGUUUCUGAGAUAUCAAAAUAAAGUUUGUGUUUCCUGAA